UUAAAUACAGAUAGUCAGAUAGAGAGUGCGAGAGAGCGACAACAACAACAGUGAAUAAGUCGCUACUUUAAUAAUAUAGGAUGCAAUCAUUCCUUGUUUCGCUGUCGUCUCGUCAAAAUGUCUGCACUCGACGAGCUACCUGAAUUCCAAAAUUUUUGCUUCUGCAUAAACCUGGAGACCGGAGUGAUUUUCAUCAGUCUUCUCACCUUUUUGCUGCCCGAAUUCUCAAUUUGUGCAAAAAUUUUGAUUCUAACGCACGAAACAACUUCACUAACGGCAUACGAAUGGAGACAAGAGAUGAAAUUGGACUUGCUGGACAUUGUUGGGUCCGUGCUAGGACCGGUUUUCGCAUGCAUUUUAUUAGUGGGAGUGGUUAAGAAAAGUCACAGUUACCUCCUCACAUUUUUAUUUUUUGGACUAUUUUCGUUGGUAAUUUAUUCCUUGGACACUCUUCUAAAUUCCUUUGCUCAUACAUGGACGAGCAUGAUUAAAUUCAGCAUCAUAAUCGUCUACAUUUACUUCUGGAUGUGCGUGCAGAGUUUGUACCAAAAAUACCGAAGGCUUGAUCCAGAUUUCCAAUAUUUAUUGGCUGUCGCAUAAAAAACGCAUUCUAAAUUAUUUUAAGUAUUUUUUUAUUAUUUUUA